AACACAGCAGUCGGCCGUUGUGGAAACUACAGCCCUCACCUGCUUGACUGGGAAGCACUGACCGUGCCCGGGUGGAGGGAUGUUUGACACGUUAUAUGAGUGGUUCUGGUGGGACAGAAUCUGGCUGCCUGUGAACCUGACGUGGGCUGACCUGGAGGACAGGGAAGGCUGGGUCUAUGCCAAAGCCUCACAUCUCUAUGUUACAGUCCCCUACGCCCUUGUGUUCCUGCUCAUCAGAUACCUAUUUGAAAGGUGGAUAGCAACUCCACUUGCAGUCUCUGCUGGGAUCAAGCACAGAGUUCAUCUGAAAGCAGAGGACAACCCCAUCCUGGAACACUACUACAUUACGCAGUGUCGGAAUCCUGUUCAGGCAGACAUUGAUGGGCUGUCUAAGAAAUGCAGUUUGUCGGUGAGACAAGUUGAACGUUGGUUCAGAAGAAGACGUACUCAGGACCUUCCUGGAGUCCUCAAGAAGUUCAGAGAGGCCAGCUGGAGGUUUUUCUUCUACCUGUCUGCAUUUAUCGGAGGAAUAAUAGCACUGUAUGAUAAAGAAUGGUUUUAUGACACGCGGGAAGUAUGGACAGGUUUUCCAAAGCAGUCCAUGCUGGAGUCUCAGUACUGGUAUUAUAUCCUGGAGAUGAGCUUCUAUGGAUCUCUUCUCUUAAGCGUUGCCUUUGAUGUCAAGAGAAAGGACUUUAAGGAGCAAAUCAUCCACCACUUGGCAACACUGGUGCUCUUAUCAUUUUCCUGGUGUGUUAACUACAUUCGUAUAGGAACCCUGGUCAUGAUCGUCCAUGAUGCCUCUGAUGUUUUACUGGAGUCUGCCAAAUUAUUCAACUAUGCCAAGUGGGAGAAAACCUGCCAAAGUCUUUUUGUUCUGUUUGCCAUCGUGUUUAUGGUAACACGACUGAUCAUCUUUCCAUUCUGGCUGAUCCACUGUACCUGGGUCUACCCUGUUCACCACUACCCUGCCUUCUUUGGCUACUACUUCUUCAACAUGAUGCUGGUGGUCCUUCUCUGUCUGCACAUAUUCUGGGCCUAUCUCAUUCUCUGCAUGAUCAGAAAAUUCAUGUUUGGCACUCUGACCAGAGAUGAGAGGAGUGACAAUGAAGAGGAGGAGGAGAGCAGCCUGACAGAUGACGACAGUGAGGUACAGCACAAGCUUGGCAAUGGAUCGGCAGUGGGAGAGGAGGAAAAGAACGGCGGCUUUGGAGCUUGUCUCCUACAAAGAACAUUUGCCGGGCAAAGACUAUGUGCUGACUCGUGCUACAGUGCCAAAGAUUUCAGAAGUAGAACAAUGCACUCGGAACUCCACACAUGAACAGCCACCAAAGAUAUCAUCACGUUUCAGAGACUCCCAACUCUUUCUCUGCCCUGCUCCACAGUGUUGUCUGUGACAACUCUUGUCCUACAGGU